AUGGCGGCCUCACUUAUUUUUCUUCUCCUCCUUCCUCUGGCUCCGGCGCUGGUCUCGUCGACCCCAUAUGCCAUGAUGGCGAAAGAGGCCCGUCAGGUCAUCAAGCAAUCAGCUAUGGCUUACAUGGAACAGAAGGUGCAAGUGCAGCAGGGUAUAGCGAGCCGCUCCGGCCAGCAGAUGGCGACUGACAGCUCCGGCGCCUUAGUCUUCGACCUCUCCAUCGGGACCUCGCCGCAGAAGCUCUCCGUGGUAAUGGACAUCACCACCGAACUCGUCUGGGCGCAGUGCGACGCCUGCUCCUCGUGCACAAGGCUCACGCUGCCGACGACGCCUACCUUUCUGCCCAACAACUCCCGCUCCUUCGCCGUUGUCGGCUGCUCCUCCCAGACCUGCCAGCGCAUGAUCCCCGGCGAACACGGCUGUACCCAUGACGACGACCCCUGCGGGUACCCGAACGACUUUUACGGCUGGAACACGUCCGGCGUGCUCGCCACCGACACGUUCACCUUCGGGACCACGCCCGUCCCCGGCGUGCUGUUCGGCUGCAGCGGCAACAUCAUGGUACAGGACCUCGCCGGGGCCUCUGGCGUCGCCGGCCUCAGCAGGGGGGCGCUCUCCCUCGUGUCGCAGCUCAACAUCUCCAGCUUCACCUACUUCAUCGCUCCUCACGGCGACGCUGCGAGCAAGAGCUUCGUGAGCUGGACCUGGGGCGGCGCCGCCGACCACCAGUUCGCCGCGGGGCAGAUGCGUACGGGGGGCAGACGCAGCAGCACGCCGCUUCUGGCGGCCAAGAAGAACCAGCUGCACCCCAACUUGUACUACGUCAACCUCACCGGCUUGCAGGUCGACGGCCAGCUCCUGACCGCCAUCCCGCCGGGGUUCUUCGACGUACGGCCGACCGGAUCCGGCGGAGUGUUCCUCAGCAGCACCCUGCCCGUCACAUACCUCGAGGAGGCCGCCUCUUUCACGUACAACGUCCUGAGACCGGAGCUCGUGAGAAGGAUCCAGUCACAGGGCGUGGCUCCGGUGACCACCGGCGACGACGUCAACAACCUGUGCUUCCUCACGCGUGACUUCUCCGGGGCCAAAAUUCCGGGUCUCGCGCUGGUGUUCGACGGCGCCAAUGCAAUGAUGGAGCUCAAGGUGGAGAACUACUUCUUCGCCGUCGCCGACGGGCAGCUGACGUGCCUCACCAUACUGCCGUCAAUCGGCGGGUCCAUCCUAGGUAGCCUGCUGCAGGCGGGCAGGACCAUGACCUACGACAUCCACGGCGGGCAGCUGACGUUCCAGACGGCGGCGGCAGGUGCUCCAACGCCGGGGGUGUGGCUCAUGAUAAUGGCCACUCUUCUAGUGUGGGUGCUCUGCCCAGAAAAUCUCUUGUAA